AUGAAGUCCCAAGUCUACAUCGCCGCCGCCGCCGCAGCAUUCGGUCUUGCGGAUGCUCAAUGCAACGCUAACAACUGUGCCAGAGCCGUCACAGGAACUCGUCACGGACCGGCCACUCAGGCUUUGCGCCGAGCCGACUGCUCCUCAUACCAGAGGACCACUUACACUAUCUUCUCUAACACCGAAUCGAUCAUUCUCACCACCUUGUCUUCAACUUUCACACGCACCGUCGCUCCUACUACGGUCACGGUCACCACCACGGUCACGCCUUUUGUUCUCCCGACCGUAACCAUCGACUUCCCCGAGCCCCCCGUCAUCACCGCUUUCUCUGAACCGGAGCGCCGUGACCUCGGUGACCUCGACGCUCGGCAAUUGGUUCCCAGCUUCAAGCCCAUUCCGUUCUACGCAUCUGCUUGUGAUGGCUCCUUAGCCUACAAGAGUGCUUGCUCAUGCUGGGGUAUCACGGCCACGGCCACCUUCAUCACUCUGCCCGGAACUACCACCGUCAGCCGCACAUCUUACGACUAUGACUACAUCACGAUUGUUGACACUACCGGAAUUACGACUACCACCCUUCGCAUCACAUCCACCCCUUCGGUCAGCGCCUCAUCGAGCGACGAAGCCUCUCCAAGCCAGACCAUUUCCUCCCUCGAGCCCUCUGUCACUUCCGAGAGGUCAUCUUUCAUUCCAACAGACGAGCCCACCUUCACAUCAAGCGAGGAACCCUCCGCUACUCAGACCGACGAUGAGGCUUCCUCCACUCAGACCGAGGAACCAUCUGCCACGGAGACCGACGAGCCUACUUCCUCGGCUGAUGAAUCCUCAUCCAUCACCACACCUCCUACAACCUUGGUCACCAGCGUUGUCUCUGCGACUUCGGAAGACUCCUCUUCUACGGCAGACGAGAGCUCCGACGGGGGAAUCGUGAUUACCCUGCCUUCGCCCCUGCCUACGCUGACGAUCAUCUAA